AUGAGCCAGCAGUGGCCAGACGUCAGCGUCGAUGCCGAGAAAGCCGUUUUCUUCUCCCCAUCGAGCUCGUAUGACUCGGCAAAGAAGUUUGACAGCGUGACACGGGAAGACGGCGAAGCUGGCGCCACAGACGAGACAUCUCCUGCCGGCGUCCUUGGCCGGGUGUUGAGCAGAGCUAGCUCGAGGACGUCCCAUCCUAGCCCACCCCCCGACGGUGGCUGGAGAGCAUGGAAAACCCGUCCGGCUUCCCUCUCUUCUGACUCGAGAACAAGGGGCGUGAUCAAUUCGUUUGGCACAUUCCAGACAUACUACACGAACGCUCUGCAUCGCGCCCCGUCAGACAUCUCUUGGAUCGGGUCGUUCCAGAUUUUCCUCCUCUUCUUCAUCGGCACCUUCACCGGCCGGCUGACUGAUGCGGGCUAUUUUCGUUUGGUUGUGACGGUCGGCAUCGCACUGCUCGCACUCGGUGCCUUCACGACCGCGCAAGGGACGCAAUACUGGCACUUUUUUUUGUCACAGGGCGUGGCUACCGGGCUCGGCAACGGCUGCAUCUUCUGUCCCUGCCUGGCUGUGCUGAGCACGUACUUCAGCUCCAAGCGCGGGCUAGCCAUUGGCCUCGCCGCUUGUGGAAGCGCCACAGGCGGCCUUGUCUACCCCAGCAUCGUCCGCCAGCUGCUGCCGCGGCUGGGCUUCCCGUGGACCAUGCGGGUCAUUGGCUUCAUCCAGUUUGCCACCAUGGUGGCAGCCAGUCUCGGUAUCGUCCCGCGGCUGCCACCCCGUCGCGACGAUAAGAUUGUCGAGUGGGCUGCCUUCCGCGAGCUGCAGUAUACCUUUUAUGCGGCAGGCACUUUCUGUUGCUUAUGGGGGGUCUAUGUUGUCUACUUCUACGUCGCCUCGUUUAGCCGUGACGUGAUCGGCCUGAGCUACACAGCCUCGCUCGGCCUGCUCCUCGUCGUGAACGGUGUCGGCAUCAUCGGCCGGGUGCUUCCCAACUACAUUGCAGACCGCUACGGCGUCCUCAACUUGUUUCUCAUCGUCGGUGCCCUCUGCGGCAUCAUAGCCCUGUGCUGGACCGCGGUGGAUAGCCAGGGCGGCCUCUAUGCCUGGGCGGCUGUGUAUGGCAUCUUUGCCGGCGGCGUCCAGUCCUUGUUCCCGGCCGGCCUAACUAGCCUGACGACCGACCUGAGCAAGUCAGGCGUGCGCAUGGGCAUGGUUUUUACGAUCAACAGCUUUGCCACGCUGACGGGGUCGCCCAUUGCCGGGGCCAUCAUCUCGUCAAAGGGGGGGUCAUACACGGGCGCCCAGGUGUUCACGGGCGUGACGCUGCUCGUCGGAACCUGCUUCAUCUUUGCAGCGAAGAUGGUGCUGAGCAGGCAGCAUGAGAGCGGCUGGAUGGCAAAGGUGUGA